GUUUGCUUGAAGUGGACAACUGGACAUUACAGUGACUUCAGUGCUCUGUCCGUUCUACUGAGUGUGUGUGCAGUGAGUGUAGCAACUGGAACUAGUGCGCGGCGGUGGGUGACGGUACCUAGGCUAUGGACUCUCCGUAAUACGCAGACCGUGCGCUCUGCCCUUCUCUGUCUCCACCAGAGGAGUCAUGAGCUGUUAUGUUCUCCGGGACUCGUCUUCCGUUUUGAGCCGUAAAUACAAGCCCGAAGCGACCGUCUUCUUUAUCGCAACCAGUCCCAGCCCGAACUGCACACCGACCUAGAACAUCGCCAGCGCGAAGCCGUGCGUGAAAGCCCGACGGUGCUCUCGCUGUGGCAGCGACGCCAAUGCUCGCCGUGGCGGCCGGUUCAGGGGAUGUCGACUGGCCGUCACUUUUGACAUCGGCCUCAAACACAGCUGAAUGGGCACAGUGCAGGGUCAGUGAGAGAAUGCUCCCCUGUGUCAUCCACCCCUGGGCCAGCGUGAGCCGAGCAUCUGAGUGAGCUCUCCCUGUAGGAAGCCCCGCCCCUCAAAACAGCAGAUUUUGGACCUCUGUACCCCUGCGCCCCCCCACCCCUCCCCACACCCCCACCACCUCCUGCAGUCUCAGCCAAUCAAAUGCACCCCGACAGUAAACUGACCAAUCAUGGCAAGCAAGUGAACAGCGGCGCCCAAUCACAGAUCCCCAAUGUGAACCAGCAGCAGCAUCAGGGGCCUGCCGGCAGCCUGGGGUCAAAGGGCGUGGGGGCGGGGAACCAUGGGGCCAAGCCCAAUCAGAUCUCCCCGGGGAACUCUGGGCUGAAGAGUGGCGGCGUGGGGGGCGGGGUUAAGGGGAAGGCCAAGAGGGAGAGGAGCGUAUCAGCCGAUGCUCCCGACAACCUCAACCCCGCCCUCGAACCCGAUUCAAAAGAUGGCGUGAUGCGCAGCAAGCGGCGCUGCGUCCUGGAGAAGAAGCAGCCGUACAGCGGGGACGAGUGGUGCUCCGGGGCCGACAGCGAGGAGGAGGAGGAGAAACCGCCCGCGGCCCCCCACCGGGAACUACCAAUGGUAGGCACAGUCCAGCCUCUCUCUGGCCCCGCUCCAAUUGGCCCCGUCAGCGAAUCGGGUGGCCCUGCUUUGGGUAGGGGGCCGGGGCCAGGACUAAACUCUGAGCUUCCUCGACCUCUCGAGCACGUGGUCUACGUCUUCACUACCAGCCUGGCUAAUAGUGCUGCAGAAGCAGUCAUCCAUGGCCAUGCUGAAUCCAUUCUCCUGUUUCACCAGCAGAACGUACCCCGUACCAAACUGGACCAGUGCACCUCAGGGAAGCUCCCCGGCCUAUCAGAGCAGCUGACCUCCAGUGGCACUCCUCCUAUCAGCACGCCCAAAUCUCAGAGCGCCACGCCCCGUCCUGCCUCUGUGGGCGGGGCUAUCGGGGGGCACCUGCACCCAGCGGGGGGGACCCCCAGCUCCACAGGACUGCCCGAAAACGAGCCCCCUCCGGUGGCUAGACCCGGUACUGUGGCCGGAGGCAGCACGCCUCACCAGACGGGGGGCGGUGUUUUGGGGGCCCCAGACGGACCGGGGCUGCUGUCCCACCCCAGCGCGGGGGUGUCCCCCUCCCCCAGCUCCCCUGUGCACCUCCAGGGCGGGGCAGAGGGGCAGAGGAGUGAAGCGGGGGCUGGAAACGGGAACGGGAACUUGGGUCGGCUUUCGCGGGAGCAGCUGGAACAUCGCGAGCGAUCCCUGCAGACCCUGCGGGACAUCGAGAGGCUCCUGCUCCGGGCCCCCAACGAGGGGGGAAUCCCCAACCCCAACAUCAACAACCUCAACAACAACGGCAACCCCAACCGCCCCCCCGACGACCACCCUGGCGACGGUAUCCCCGGCAACAACGGCGUCCUGAAGAAGUACGAGGAGCCUCUGCAGUCCAUGAUCUCCCAGACCCAGAGCCUGGGGGGUCCCGGCAUGGAUGACCCCCUCCACGGCCUGUCCCACCCCCACGCCCACCUCUCCUCGCCCCCUGGGCCCCUGGACAUGGGCCCUCUGCUGGGGUCGGACAGCCUGACCCCCGAGCAGGUGGCCUGGAGGAAGCUGCAGGAGGAGUACUACCAGGAGAAACGGAGACUCCAGCAGGACAUGCACCCCCACCCUCACCCCCACCAGCACCCGCACCCCUACCGCAUGAUGCCCGACAUGGGCGUGUGUGUGAUUCGGGGGCCCCCUCCGCCCUACCACAGCAAACCCGGGGAGCCCCAGUGGGGGCCGGUGAUGGGCGGGCCCGGAGGGGGUGGGAACGGACGCUUGAUGGACAUGCACCAGGAGGGGCCCCGGGGCCCACGGUUUUUGGGGCAGAUGCAGAGGGGGCCGCCUCGGGGUGGGGGGGGAGGUGGGGGCGGGGGCGGUUACCCCGGAAACCCGGGUGGGGUCCUCCCCAUGGAAGCUAUGGCGCACCAGAGACCCCCCAGGCCCGGAAUGGGCUGGCUGGACGACGGCCCCCCCCCAAACAUGGUGCCAGGAGGCGGAGGAGGGGGGCCCUUCCAGAUGUGCUACCCCCCGCCCCAGCACCUGCAGGGGGACCCCGAGCGACCUCUGACCCGGGAGGAGAUGUUUCGGAUCCUGGAGAAGCGGCAGCUACAAGGGCUCCAUCGGCUGGAGCUGGAGAGGCUGGCCAAGCAGGGAGGGGGCCCCCGCAUGAUGGAGGGUCCCGGCGGCUUCCCCAACCCCUCCAGGGGUGAGCCCAUGGACUUCCCCAGCAUGCGUGCCAUGAUGGGCUCCCCGGGGGGUGGAGGGGGGCCCCCCCUCAGAGACUUGGUGGACUCCCCCCUGGGGCCCAAUUUUGGCGGGGGCCCCCAGAUGAGCGCCCAGCAGCAGCAGCAGAUGAUUCUGGCGCAGAAGCUCCGGGCGGGGCUCGGGGGUGUGGGCGGGGGAGGGGUCCCGCUCUCGGACAUGCUGAGCCCGGAGGAGAUCGCCCAAAUCCGGGCGGCUCAGAACGGGAGAGGGGGGGGUGGGAAGGGCAUGAUACCCCACUGCGGAGGAGGGGGUGGUCCGCUCCAGUUUCCCCCCAAUCAGGGCCCUUUCCCCGGCCCUGGGGGGGGUGUGUACCUGCAGGAGGAGGGGCCGGACAUUUUCGGGCCUGAUCCCCAGCUUGGUGGGACGUCCCGGCUCAGCCACAUGCCCCUGAGGGGGCCGGAUUUGGGCCCCCGGCACCCGUCCGACCUCUCCAUCAACGUCAACCCCAUGGGCUCUCCGGCCAUGCCCCGACCCCCCCACCAGCUCAAAUCACCCCCCCUCAGCCAGGCCCCCUCGCCCCUCAUGCCCUCACCCUCCCCCUCAGUGCUGAAAUCCCCCCAGGGCCCCCCCCUGCCCUCGCUUCCCCCCUCCAGCAGUGCCGGGACCCUGUCUUCCUCCCUAAAGUCGCCCCAGGUCAUGGGCCCCUCGUCCCUCGGGCUGCGGUCCCCUUCUGCAUCCCCCGGUCACCUCCGCUCCCCGACCAUUCCCAUGGCCUCACCGGGCUGGGCGGCCUCCCCGAAACCCACCCUCCCCAGCCCCGCGGGACCCCCCAGUGGCAAGGGAGCCGGCAAUGGAGGGGGGAGCUCCACAGAGACAGGCCAAUCGCUGCCUCAGAGGAGCUCAAACUCCACCCCCAUCAGCCAGCCAGCCUCCAUGAAUCCCAGCAUGCCGUUCACCUCCUCUCCGGAUGUGACGGCUGCUCAGAACCCGCUGUCUAUGAUCAUGUCCCAGAUGUCCAAGUACGCCAUGCCCAGCUCCACACCCCUCUACCACGAGGCCAUCAAGACCAUCGCCACCUCUGAUGAUGAAAUGACUCCAGAUCGCCCCCUGCUGCCCGGAGUCCACAUGGCAGGAAUGGGGAAUCAUCAGUCCUCCCAGCAGAUGAUAAUCGCAUCCCAGAGUUCCAUGGGGCCGCACAGUGGUCCCCAGAGCCCCAUCGGAAUGGUCCUCCAAGGCCAGCCUCAGCUAUCCCACGACCCCUCUGGGUCUAUGCUGCACUCCCCUAACACGAUGGGUAUACCCAUGAACCCGGCAAUGCUGGGGGGGGGAGGGGGCCCCCCCGACGGGAUGGGACCCUGUAAUGUGUCCCCCAUGCUCCCCCAAAACCAGCUGGGGGGCUUCUCCAGGAUGCAGGGGUCCCUGCACUCCCCCGGGCCCGGGAUGGGACAGCCGUACCCCCAGCCCCCUCCGGAGGACAUCCUGCCCCACCAGCAGCCCCACGGCCUGGUCAAGCGUGGCCCGCACCCAUCCGAACCCUUCCACCCCUCCCUGCCCCCCAUGGGGGAUGGGCCCGACCUGAGCGAAGUGAUCCGCUCCACGCCCACGGGGAUCCCUGAAUUCGACCUGUCCCGGAUCAUCCCCUCAGACAAGCCCAGCAGCACCCUGCAGUACUUCCCCAAAUCCGACCGGCUGGGCGGCCCCCCGCACCUCAAACCGCACCCCUCCGCCCCCUCCUCCAACCCCCACAUCGCCAACCUGCAGAACAUGAUGGCCGAGCAGCAGCUGGCUCCGCCCAUGCACCCCUCCCACCCGGGACGUCUGGGGGGGCCCCGGGGGGGCGGGAUGGGGCCCAUGGGACACCCGGGGCCCCCCAUGAACAGGACGGGUCUGUCGCCCCAGCAACAGCACCACCUGCAGCAGCAGCAGCAGGCUAUGAUGGCCAACAGCCUCCUCCACCACCCCCAUCCACACCCACACCCACACCCACACCCCCACCCCGGCAUGAUGCCCUCACCCCACCACCAGCAGGCCCUGAUGCUGAUGCAGGCCAAGCAGAGGGGCCUGCCUGUCCAUGGGGACCCCUACCCGCCGCAGGGGCCUCUCCUCUCCCCCCAGGGCUCCAUGAUGGGGCCCCCGCACCCACAGGCCGGCAUGAUGGGGCCCCAGGCCCUCAGACAUCGCGGGAUGUCCUUGGACAGUCCCCUGGGCUACGGGCCGGGAGGCAUGGCCAACGCGCCCUUCUGAACCUGAACCAGAACCAGAACCAGAACCUGAACCUGAGACUGAGCGUGCGCUCCUGUACAAACCUUCUUUUUUCAUGGUUAUUUUAUAUCCUGUUGUUAUGUUGUUGUAAAUGUUAUUAUUAUUAUUAAUUUUAUUAUUAUUAUUAUUAUUGGGAUUGUCGUAUUAUUUUAAUUCUGCAGUAAUGUGGAAUACAGUGGUUUGAAAGAUUGGGCUCAUCUUGGGAGCGAAACAAAAUGGAGGAAAAGACAAAUUCAGCACCGUUGGUUCAGAGCAGCGCCACGACAACAGAAGAAAAUCCUUGUGAAGCCAUUUCGUUUUUAUAUUUGUAAAAUAUGUACAUUUCACAGAUCAGUGCAUUCGAUUGCGGGCAGGGCAAAGGGGAGGGGGGACUUCAUUUGUAUCAAUUUAAAUUUUAUUUGUUUUGGGUUUUUUUUCUUUCUGGCUACUGAGCUGUUGUGUAAGGGAAUAUAUAGGUGCUGUAAAUAAGAUGCAAUUUGUGAUUGUUUGCAACUGUUCUGUAUAACUGUGUUUUAAUAGAAGCCUAAAAAAAAGAGGUGGUAAAAAUGUGCCUCGUGGUCGCUGGUCUUCUGUUCACUGAUGACUUCCUAAACCUGGCAUGGGGAGAACGGGCUGGGCAGCCCUGUCUGUGUCUGACAUCCAGAAGGUUCCAGAAGCCUGGACAGAACCACCACUGCCCCCCUGAUGUCCUUGGUCACACCCCUUUUUUCUCAAGAUGCUUCAAAUGAUAAUGUGUUGGCUUCGGUGGCAGUUGGACCCAGUCAGCACUAAUAACAAUACCUGUGAUCUGCCAUGUAGGACCACCUCAGUGGACCCCCAGAAUUCCAGUUCUGAGGCGUAAUGUAGAGACAUGGAAAAGACCACAUGACUCAGACUGAAAUGGGGGAAUCUUGUCCGGGAUAUAGGAUGCAUUUCUCAAAUGAUUCAUUUUAGAUAUCUGGUUUGCAAUAUUUUAGCUGCUUUUAGCAGUAGUCAACCAGCUGGCUUUGAUCAAUGUUUGAUCAGUUGGCGAACUACCCAGUGAGGUGAUGAGAUCUGAAACGGCCCUUGAACAGGACGGACGCCUGGCUUGGAGCAGGACCUUGGCAGUGGUCUUCAUUGAUGUGAUACGUUAUGUUUUACUUUGACAAAUAAAAUAUAAAUCAUAAGUACA